AUGAAGGGCAUCGUCGCCGCCGCCGCCACCGACUCGGCGUCACGGAAACCCGUCCCCUCGACAACGCCGAAAACCAAAUAUGCCGUGCCGGGCUGCAACACCCUCUCCUUGGUCCUCACGCUCCUCCGCGAAAACAAGCAGGCCAAGCUGGCUGUGCGGUACUGGGAGCUCUUUGUCUACUACUACGGCCUCAAGCCCGACUCGGACAACUGGCACCAGCUCCUCCGCAUCUACGAGCGCAACGGGUCGAGCCGCGACGCCGCCAAGGCGGUGCAGAACCUUCCCGACGAGUCGACGCUGCCCAUCAUGUACCGCCGCGCCCUCUCGGCUUGCAUCAACGACAACAUGAACAAGAACGCCUUUGAGAACGCAAACGUCGUCCUGGACAAGAUGACGUCGCACGCCGCCGCCUCCAAGGGGGCGACGCCGCUCGACGUGCGCGCCCUCCACGUGUACCUCAAGGUCGGCAUGAUGUCCCACUUCCACUUCCGCCAGAUGGCCAAGGAGGGCAAGCUCGAGGAGGCGAAGCGCGCGUACGGCGAGCAGCUCGCCGCCGCGGUGAACAAGCUCUGGGCGCCCUUCACGUCCGCAAAGGACGCGGUGCUCAAGCCCAAGUCCCAGACGGGAGGCAAGCCGUCGUCCAAGGCGCCGAGGAGGCGCGACGCGGCGGUCGAGGAGCUGGUCGAGCUCGCCCGCAAGAUGAUUGGCGCCGUCGACAAGGUCGUCAACGAGAACAGGCUCGCCGACGACGAGGCCGUCGAGCAGCUCAAGCAGAAGCGCAACGACCUCAACCGCUUCGUAGUCGAGUUCACCGACCCGAACCAGCAGAAGGAGGACCCCGUCGCGGAUGAUGCGUUCAUGGAUCGUGGCGAGGGCAAGAUGUGGGAGAUUUGA